AUGUCGAGUACAUCUCCUACUCCUCCGACGCCCAAGGGAUCUCGGAGCAACCGGCGCAACCCGAAGAAAACAACCACCCCUUCUAACCAGAAGGUGGCUUUGCUCACUACCCCUCCAUCAUCGCCACCGAGGAACUCGAGUCCUGGAGAGCCAGUUACCGAUACAUCUAUUAAUUUUCAUAAUCCUUCUAAGAGAAAGAAUCCCCGCUCAAACAGAAAGCCACGCGACGCCCUUAAACCCUCGCCAGCGCACAACAACGGACACCGACACACAUCCUCGCAUCCAGCCAGCAGUACUCCCCAAGUCAAAGACAGCCCUCAUUAUGCGGGCCCAACAUUCCAUGCGUCGCCUGCUCCUUCGGCGCUCCCAAUUCCGAGCUUUUUCUCGAAGUCUGUGCCAGAAUCAGACCCCGCACAGGAAAUCGACGGGGACCAUCUCGAAGCUGGUCUCGAACUGGACACUACACCGUCAAAGCCGCGGUCACGUUUUCAACCUCAGUCGGAAAAAUCACAGUCGACACCUCUUGAUUUCUUAUUCAAAGCUGCUGUUGAAGCCAGAAACUCUCAGCUUCAGCGGAGUCCCGAAGCCAAUAUUGGCACUCGGUCUCCGCGAACAGAUUCUAAAGUUCAACGUCACCAGAUACCCAGCUGUAAAAACGGAGCCUCCGCGGGUAUUUUUCCUUUAGAGAUGGAAAAUUCAGGCCGACGGAACUCUCAGAUCGGGCCUUCUUUCGCCACGUCCUACAAAGAUCGCAUGGACGCGUUGCGAUCUUCGAGCUCGCCCUCUUCUCCAACACCGGAGCUCCACGAGGAGGAACGAAGAGCGAAGACUGAAGCUCUCAAGGAUCUGCUGCUGAAUCCACGACCCCAGAGGCCCUCAACUGCGUCUAUUCUAAACCAUAAUCAAGCCGUUGGUCACACUACGCGACCAAAUCUCAGCCCUAACGUACCUCAUUACGCGACUCCCAUGAGGACUAGUUCGGGUCCGCCAGCGACCCUUUUUUCGGACAUGCCGCCUGAACAGAGCCGGUCAACUUUCGAGAGUGGGCUACAAUCCCCUUUUUAUUAUUCCAGCAGUGUCCAACAACCUCAGAGUUCGACAAUGAAGAAAGGAAUCUUUCCAGCGAAUUCUAUGAAUCCGAUAAGCCCCUCGCCGUUUGAGACCUAUAGGUCAUCGAAGUUCUCUCAACCCCCUGCGCAGCAGCCAGCCUGUUACGCUCCACCGCAUCCCCAGUCCUUCAAGCCUGGGGCAAUACCAGCGGACACUUCCGCUCCCCCUCUCGAUACAAAGAAGAUGGAAGAUGAUUUGAGGAGAAUUUUGAAACUCGAUGCUAAUCCCAGCUUUCCGUCGAACGGUAUUCAGAGCUCGUUCGCUUGA